AUGCUGAUGUCGUCGCGGCUUUGUCGUUUUCUGAAGGCUCUGCGAAGUAAUCUCUAUCAAUUUCAUAAUUUGGAUAAGCAUUUGUCAACUUCUUCUUCAAGUUUGCGAUCGUCAGCGAUUGCGGACUAUUUCAUGGAGCUCAAAACUCGAGGGCUUGUGCGGUUGUGCUAUCCUUCAAAUCUCGAAUCGGAUUUCAUUGCUGAAUUGAAAGCAUUACCUCCUGUUGUCUACGCAGGCUUUGAUCCGACUGCUAGGAGUCUUCAUAUUGGCAAUCUUCUAAUUGUUGUCAACCUAUUGAGAAGUGCGCAAUUUGGUGUUCGGCCUAUUGCUAUCGUUGGAGGUGCUACCGCUGCAAUUGGUGAUCCGAGCGGAAGGACGGAUGAGCGCGAAACGCAAGAAAAGGAGCAGUUGAUGGAAAAUUCAAAGUCGAUUAUAGAUCAGUUGAAAAAUAUCUCGAGUAAUGUGUUGAAGGAAGAAAUAACAGUAGUUGACAACAAUGAGUGGUUUGGAAAUAUGCCGAUGGUGGACUAUUUGAGAAGUUGUAAGCAACUGCGGGUCGGAGAAAUGCUUCGAAUGAGAGCUGUAAAAGCUCGGUUAGAGGACAGCGGGAUUUCGUUCACGGAAUUCAGCUACCAGACAAUGCAGGCGUAUGACUGGGCAGUGAUGUUGAAGAAAUAUGACUGCAGGUUUCAGAUUGGUGGUUCUGACCAGUUGGGUCAUCUGGAUAUUGGUGCUCAUUACAUAAAGAGGACGUGCGGUGGGAAGUUCGCUGCAGGUGUUUGCUUACCAUUGGUAACGGAUGGCGCUGGAAAUAAACUAGGGAAAUCUGUCGGAGGUGGUAAUGUCUGGCUUAGUGCAGAGCUGACAUCGCCGUUUCACUUUUAUCAGUUUCUUCGUCAAUUGCAUGACACAGAAGCGGAACGAAUGUAUAGACAGUAUAGCUUGGCUCCUUGGGACGAUGUUCUGGUGAAAAUUGAUGAGCAUCGUGCAAAUUUGGGAAAGUGGGUAGUGCAAGACGCUCUAGCAACCGAGCUUACCCAGAUUGUACAUGGAGACGAGGGGUUGCGCACCGCUCAAUGUUGUUCCAGGGCACUCUUUCAGGGAUCCAUGGAAGAUGUUCGUUCAUUGAACAGAGCUGAGCUCAUGUUAUUAUUUGGUAACACGGUUAAAGUUGCUCGCAGUGAAGUUGAAACGCUGGGUGAUCUUGCCGACCGCACGAGAUCUGAUAAUAUCAAGGGAUCAAUAUUAAUGACGAAAGGAGCUUUCAAAAUCAACGGUGAAAAGGCCGUUGACAACACUGCUCCUCUUGUUUUUGAGCGAAUAGUACUCCCGGAAGCACCAGAUCUCACUUUGAUUUGCUGGGGCCGUUGCGCCGAGUUCAUGAGUGCGCGUCGAGCUCACUCAAAACUGCAGCUUCUCGUACUUAAAACGUAUCGCGACUUUCUGCGUGCUGCCCGCCCACUUGAUCCUUCCGUUCGUCAGCAAGUGCAGAGUGAAUUUCGUGAAGCUGCGAAACGUUACGAGCCGUCCGAUUUUAUCCUAAUUGAGUACAGUUUGCGAAGAGCGAAAAAUCAAUUGAAGCAACUUCAGUCAGGAAGUGUGACAUCCAUUGGGAAGAUCUCCAUAAGUCGAAAACAGAUUCUUCCUGUGUUUGCGUUUGUGGAUGAUAGAGAACAGCUCCAUCAGCUUCGUGAAUACCUCAAUAAUGUUGGCAAGGCCAAAUUAGAUCCGAAAGGGUCGCCUGAUGUAUCUGAGAAUUUGAUCGAUAUUUGUUCACAGAUCACGGUUAUGGGUGCUUGUCCUCAUCCUGUAGAGGUUGAUUAUAUCCUCAACUCUAUCUGCUCUCUGAUGGUUUUGGUACCAGCCGAAAAAGCGUUGACUGUGGUCAAAGCUUUCUGUAAUGCCAUCACUCCUGCACAUUUCAAAGGACUCGGAUGGAAUAGCAAUGCUGGCCACGCAGUCCACGUAUUAUCAAACUUGUACCGAGCAUUUGCUGCUCAUCCGAAGAUUCAGGAGGUACUGUUCCGAUCACUUGUCGCCAUGUGCUCUGAAGCUCGCAUGAUAGGCGAGCUAGACUGUUCGACAGAGAAUUUGCAAAAACAGUUCAAACAAUGGGGAACAGCCGUAGAUGGACAGCGUGACAUCCUUCGUCUUGUCCAUAUUGGACUGCUAGAAGAUCAAAAAGCAGACCAAGCAGCUAAGGUGAUGAUUAUGCUAUUGGGUACUUAUACUGAGAAAGAUGCAGCCCAAGCUCGAGAAGACGCUAUCGAAUGCGUACGAACUGCUGUUGUUGAUCCGAAAUCGUUUUCGUUUGAUCAUCUUCAACGUCUCUGUGCUGUCAAGGCUUUGCAGAAGUCCGAUCCCUUGAUGUAUUCGGCUCUUGAAUUGUUCAUCUCUGGGACACUGAAGGACUACCGCGCCUUUGUGAAAGCUCAUCCAGAAUUUGUUGGCGAUAAACUCAAGGUUGAGGAGGCUGUAUUGCUUAAGAAGAUCCGCCUUCUAACUCUGAUGAGCAUUGCCGAAAACAACAACGUGAUCCAUCUCGAUAAACUUGCGGAGGAGCUAGAUUUGCCACCAGAUGAUCAUUUGGAAGAGUUUAUAAUUGAUGCUAUUCAAGUAAAUGCCAUAUCUGGCAAGUUGAACGAAAUGACUAGAACAUUAGUGGUAAGCUCUUUUCAACAUCGACAAUUUGGACGUGAACAAUGGCAAACGUUACAGAAACGACUCCAGACUCUAGUGAACAACCUGAAGCAGUCACAUGCCAAUAUUCACAAUAUCAACCAGCAUAUUGAUAGUCUUGCUUAA